AGGAGCCUAUAAAAGGCAAUCCUAAAGAAACUCCCAUCAGUGGACAUUUUGGUUUUCUUCUCGGCUGCCGCCGUUAUGAAGCUGCUCCGCCUCCUUUGCCGCCACAAGACGGCUCUGGGCCUGGGCGGCCUGUCGCUUUUCGGGGUGGUGCUUCUCUAUUUGGCCAAGUGCACCUCAGAAGGCCUCAAGCCCUCCCAAGGGUGGGGGAUGCCGCACCAGCAACCUCCGGCCCGCAUUGGUGGGGUGGGUGGCCUGCAUCUCCCUGCCGUGGCCCUGCCCCCUCCUCCUGAGGAGAGUGCUUUCUUGGCUGUGCUGGUGGCUAGUGGCCCCAAAUAUACGGAGAGACGUAGCAUCAUCCGCAGCACUUGGCUCUCGGCAGCUAGCCGGACCCCACACGGUGACAUUUGGUGCCGCUUCGUAGUGGGCACCAGUGGUUUGAGUGGAGAGGAGCUUCAUACCUUGGAAUUGGAGCAGAGCCGCCAUCGAGACCUCUUGCUCCUUCCAGAUCUCCGUGACUCCUAUGAAAAUCUGACGGCCAAGGUCUUGGCUAUGUACGUCUGGCUUGACCAGCACCUGGAUUUUCGCUUUGUCCUCAAGGCAGAUGACGACACGUUUGUACGACUCGAUGUCCUCGUAGAGGAACUGAGAACCAAGGAGCCACGCCGUCUCUACUGGGGCUUCUUCUCAGGGCGGGGCCGUGUGAAAUCGGGCGGCAAGUGGAAAGAAAACGCAUGGCUCCUUUGUGACUACUACCUGCCUUAUGCCCUCGGUGGCGGCUACGUGAUCUCCGCAGACCUGGUGCACUAUUUGCGCCUCAACCAAGACUUUCUCAAUGUGUGGCAGAGCGAAGAUGUCUCCUUGGGUGCCUGGCUAGCACCUGUGGACGUGAAAAGGAUCCAUGACCCUCGUUUUGACACGGAGUAUAAAUCGCGAGGCUGCAACAACAAGUACAUCGUCACUCAUAAACAGGGCAUUGAGGACAUGUUGGAGAAACAUCAGACUCUGGCCAAAGAGGGGAAGCUCUGUAAAGAGGAAGUUAAACUCAGACUGUCUUAUAUAUAUGACUGGAGUGUGCCUCCUUCACAGUGCUGUCAAAGGAAAGAUGGCAUUCCUUGAAGACUGUGCGAAAGACGCUGGAGGGACAUGAUGGGGGUGGAGAAUUAAUAAAGAUGGAUGUGCGUUACGUGGAAAUACCAACCCUUGUAGCCACAGCUUUUAAAUUAUUCCACAGUUUUG